AUGCACAAUUUAGCUCAUAAUGUUCCAGUGUUGAACUCGCCAUCAUCGUUUGUGUAUAAUCAAUUCGGAACUUAUGGAACAACUUAUAAUCAAGUUUGUCAGUCCUCAUUAAUAGCGACAGUCCAACCUCCACCGUCCGUGUCUACUUAUAUUAACUCGAUGGUUACCGCUCAAACAAUUACAACACCAGUCGUUUCCUCAAUCAACACUCAAAUUGUGGAUAGUCGUAAUGUUUUGUCUAAUAUACCGUCGCCGACCAUACCGAUGUUUUCAAUUAACAGUCGUCCAAACACAUCAACCAGGGAACAGCAUUCGAACACUAGAACUACCAAUCCAAUUUUGUAUAAUAAUUCAUCUAUGCAACAACAGUCAUUUUCCACUCAUCAUGCUAUAUUAGCAGAGUCUCUUCAAUUAUCAAUACCAGCGCAUCAAAACCGAAUAAUUUCAUCAAACAGAGAUCCAUCCACGUUUAAUAAUGUUUCAACACUACAUCGUAUAGUCCCUUACCAAGCGGUAUUUAAUCAAUUUUCAGCUGCAAUGCCAAAUACUCCUCGACACAAUAUCACUUUUGGACCUGAAGGCAGUAAUUUGUUUAUAUACCAUUUACCACAAGAGUUUAGUGACAACGAACUCACCCAUAUGUUUAUGCCAUUCGGUCAAGUGCUGAGCUCAAAAGUGUACAUAGAUAGGGAAACAAAUCAAAGCAAAUGUUUCGGUUUUGUGUCAUUCGAUAAUCCAACAAGUGCACAAACUGCCAUUCAAGUAAUGAAUGGUUUUCAGAUCUGCCAGAAGAGAUUAAAAGUACAAUUAAAACGCCCAAAGGAAAAAAAUUCUAGUAGAAUUUAUUUUUGA